AUGGCCUUUGAGCUGGCCCGGCGAGGCCUCAAUCUCGUCCUCGUCGGCCGGAAUCCCGACAAGCUCAGCCGAGUCUCAAGCAAAAUGAAGGCCGAAGUACCCGGCGUGGAGUUGAAGACUGUCGUCAUUGACUUGUCCGGCGACCUCAGUGAGGGGAUAAGAAAUCUGAAAGACGCUAUCAAGGAGAUCGACGUGGGGAUUCUGGUGAACAACGCAGGGCUUUCACUGAUAAAGCCGAUGUUUUUCCACGGGAUUGAUGAGAAGAUAUGGGGGAAAAUCGUGAGAGUGAAUCUAGUCACGCCGACGGUCGUCACCACGACGGUAUUGCCGAGUAUGCUUCAGCGAAGGAGAUGUGCCAUCAUCAACAUUGGCCCCGGAUCGACAGUGAUUCUGUCGUUCCCGCUAUAUGCUGUAUAUACCGGGAUCAAGGGGUAAGCUCUCUCCUCCAUCUUCGGUUUGUAUAUGAACAUGGUGAGCUCCAGCUUACGUUGUCUAACCCGAGCCUUGGCAAGCCCAGUCUAGUCCAAGCUAAACUUUAGUUAGUAAUUUCUUGAAUAAUUUUAGCUUGUGCUGUGCUUAGUUUCCUGCAGGACACGGACCCUUCACCUGGUUGCCGCGUUCUAUAUAAAUAUACUGGGGAACACCUAUACCCCGCCACUACUGUCCUCUUGA